UUCUUAAAAAUGUUUUUUAUGUUGUUCCUCUCUGCUGCCUCCCGUCUCAAGACGAGCCCACUCGCUCCCUGAGCGGUCUGAUACUGAAGAACAAUGUUAAGGCUCACUACCAGAACUUCCCUCCCAACGUGGCUGACUUCAUCAAACGAGAAUGCCUCAACAACAUUGGAGACCCUUCACCGCUCAUCAGAGCUACGAUCGGUAUCCUGAUCACGACCAUAGCCUCUAAAGGGGAGCUGCAGACCUGGCCGGAACUGCUGCCUCAGCUCUGUAAUCUGCUCAACUCAGAGGACUAUAACACCUGCGAGGGUUCUUUUGGAGCGUUGCAGAAGAUCUGCGAGGAUUCAUCAGAGUUGUUGGAUAGCGAUGCUCUGAACAGACCCCUUAAUAUCAUGAUCCCUAAAUUCUUACAGUUUUUCAAGCACUGCAGCCCCAAGAUCAGGUCCCAUGCUAUAGCGUGCGUGAACCAGUUUAUCAUCGGUCGAGCUCAGGCUCUGAUGGAUAACAUUGACACCUUCAUAGAGAGUCUGUUUGCACUGGCCGGAGACGAAGACAGUGAAGUACGCAAGAACGUGUGCAGGGCUUUGGUCAUGCUGCUGGAAGUUCGCAUCGACCGUCUCAUCCCACACAUGCACAGCAUCAUCCAGUACAUGCUGCAGAGGACCCAGGACCCAGAUGAGAAUGUGGCUCUGGAGGCCUGUGAGUUCUGGCUGACUCUGGCUGAGCAGCCCAUCUGUAAAGAGGCCCUGUCUGGCCACUUGGUCCAACUGAUCCCUAUCCUGGUGAACGGGAUGAAAUACUCUGAGAUCGACAUUAUUCUUCUAAAGGGCGACGUUGAAGAGGACGAGGCAGUUCCAGACAGCGAGCAGGACAUAAAGCCUCGCUUCCACAAGUCCCGCACCGUCACCCUGCAGCAUGAAGGAGGGGAGGGCGAGGAGGGGGAGGACAUCGAUGAAGACGAGGACGACGACGAUGAUACGCUGUCUGACUGGAACCUGC